GCCGGGCCCUGCGCGGCCGCCGUCGCGGGGGGCGUGGCCGGGGCGUGGCGGCCGCGCCGCCCGGGGCAGGAGCGGCGGCGGCGGGGCCAUGGGGAACCUGUUCGGGCGGAAGCGGCGGAGCCGCGUCACGGAGCAGGACAAGGCGGUGCUGCAACUGAAGCAGCAGCGGGACAAGCUCCGGCAGUACCAGAAGCGGAUCAGCCUGAACCUGGAGCGGGAGCGAGCGCUGGCCCGGGAGCUGCUGCGGGGCGGGAAGAAAGAAAAAGCCAUGCUCCUGCUGAAGAAGAAGCGUUACCAAGAGCAGCUUCUGGAUAAAACGGAAAACCAAAUCAGCAACUUGGAGCGGAUGGUCCAGGAUAUUGAAUUCACCCAGAUUGAGAUGAAAGUCAUUGAGGGGCUGAAAAUAGGCAACGAAUGUCUGAACAAAAUGCACCAGGUUAUGUCAAUAGAAGAAGUAGAAAGAAUAAUAGGUGAGACCCAGGAUGCCGUGGAGUACCAGAGGCAAAUAGACGAGUUGCUGGCCGGCAGCCUGACUGAGGAGGAUGAAGAUGCCAUUCUAGAAGAAUUAAACACUAUUACUCAGGAACAGAUGGAGCUUCCAGAAGUUCCUUCAGAGCCUCUCCCGGAGAAGACCCCAGAAGCGUCCCCCGUCAAGAACAGGCCAAAGCCAGAACUGGUGUUAGCAUCUUAACUCCCGCUGCUGGGGACUCCCCCGCGCGCUCAGCAGGACCGUUUGCGUCCCGGCGUGUGCCGGGAGCAGCGGCGCUCGGCAGCGCCCCAGCUGUGCUGGGCGAUCGGAGCCGGGUCCCUGCGCGGCGCGGGGAACCUCAGCUGAUUAUUGCUCUUGUAUCAAGAUUAUUUUCUAGUGCUUUCUUUUUUGUAACUUAAAUUCUAAACUCACUCAGCAGCGCUGUCUCGGGAUUAAACAACAGCUCUCAGACUUCCAAAGGAAA